CGGUACACUACUUGUCCAGCUCAACUCAUCUCCUGACCCUUUUGAACACAUCACGCCCUCCCAUUUCUUUUCUACGCGGCGACCCUCUUUGAGACUCUCAGCUUUGAGUCCUAGCCCUGCCACUGGAACUUCGCUUCUGGUAACGAACUGAUUGCUUCUGCGGAUCAUCCGUUGUAGCACGGGUUCUUACGUACUGCCGGCUGUGACAGGCACGCCGACGCCUCUUCUGUCAAGAGGUACUUGAAUGAUGUCGGUCGCCACGGAGACUCUUCACCGUCAUACCAGCAGUGAACACAUCUCUAUUGUCGCAAUGUCAGAGUCUGGCAGCGAGGCCAGCAAGGCAGCGAAGAAGAGGGAAUACAACCGGAAUGCCCAGCGAGUAUUUCGUCAGCGGCGCAAGGAGCAUUUGAGCAAACUCGAAGCGGCGCAGCGCGAACUCAACAGUAUACAAGUUGAGGAAGUCGAGCGGCUCCGUCGCGAAGUCCAACUCCUUUCGCAGGAGAAUGAAACCCUCAAAGCAGCGUAUGGGUCUCAGACAAAUUCUCCUGGACCGACGAUCACAGCAUCGCCUUCGGGGUACAUUCACUACGGGGCACCUCACCCUGGCUAUCUGGGCUCAAUGGGUGCAAAUACUUCCUAUAUACCUGGGGUCGGACCGGCGGCACUGCAUCCCCCCACCACAACGCCGAUGUCGAACACGACUACGGAUCCAGCGAACCUGGUGGUGGUUGUCCCUCACAAUAUUCGUGAGAUUCGACGCAACCUACACGCCAUGUUUAGUCCCCUCCUCGAAAUCCCAGUAAUAUCCAACCCUCAAACGCACUUGGCCACUUUGGCGGCGCUCGAAUCAUCAUUACCCAGCCCCUUGAAACCCACACCUUUGCAACUCUCCACCCCUCACCAUGCUUAUAUAGACAUGAUACCUUCCCCCAGUCUCAGAGAUCGAUUAAUAACGGUGGGCCCGGCGAACGCCAACUCAUUUCUCACGGAAGCAUGUACUAUCGCAUGCGACAUCGAAGAUACAGGUCAGAUGAUUGUAUGGGGGGAAGACUGGCUAAGUGAAUUCUCUUGGGAAUUCUCUCCCAGUGUGUUUGAACGCUGGGGAAGUUUUGUUCUCGGUCCUGAAUGGGGUCAACGUGCAAACUUCUGGCGGAAACAGAGAGGAGCUCCGGUCAUACCAGGUUACGAUUGAUGAAAUAUGGCGGUAGCACCCGAUUACGGCAUUGCUCAAGGAGGAGAUUAUGUCCAAUUCCGAUCGUCGGCAGAAUUCAUCCUCGAAUCACUAGCCCUCAACAAACGGAAAGGUUCGCAGGUCGCGGGUCAGGCAAAGAUCACAUCCAGCCUCGAAAAUGUUGCCAUGUCUGGGUCAGCAUGCUGGAAGAAAAGCCUCUAUCUGGCGGCUUGGCUACGGGAGGCGCAGGCCGCCAUCUCAGGAUUACUGAUUUUCAAGACCUUCAUCUGCCCAAACUCUUGUCAUAAUGUAUGUUCCAUAUGACCAUGUACUAUUAUUGCAUCUCUUGCUGUUUGCCUUCACUUCACCGAUCUGUCACACCAUGGACAAGUCAUCGAUCGACCUUGAGUGUUCGAGCAUGCUAGUCUUUAUGAUUGGCGUCGAGUAUUUUGUGGAGGAAAAGGUGAUUGCGCGUGUCAUUCAAAUGAUGAAGGAUACCCCGAUGUUGUCAGUGUCAUUGCUGAAUGAAGGGCCGUUUAUAUACGACAAAUGAACCAAAUUUGUCCAAAUGAAACCGACCAAAACCUGCAGCACCGCAGGCUCACGAGAAGAAUUUCACAGUUCAUGGCUCUGGAUGUGUGUUUUUUCAAUCAAAGGCGCAGUCUGCAAGUCUGCAGAUUUGUGCGUGCAGGGACGCCGAGUAUUACGUACAUAACCACCAUUCCAGCUUCUUCCAUGCAACACUCCCGAUCGACGAUGCGUGGACUUAAUAUACAUAUCUGCCCUCCAACAGCCAGAGCGGUCAGUUUAGAAACCUUCGCACUCCGCAGAAUCGCCAAAUUGCGAGGCAAAACAUCACGUCUUUUUCUGGUCUUUGGCAAAUGCCCCUCAACCAGUCCACACCUGGGUGAGAUCUUGAUACGACAUUUCUUCUCGCUGCGCCAGGCAGGCUUUCAUUGAGUAAAACAUUCCGAAGAAGAGCGUGACGGGUGCGAGAUUGAGGAUCCAUGACAAGCACGAUACCGCCUAGAUCAAGUCAUUAUGAUGAAAACAGCAAGUGUGACUUGUUAGCUUGCUCGCACUAAUAUCAGAAGAGUCCUUUUCCACCUUCCAGUCUAUUUCAAGAAUCAAUGUGCUCGUCGAAUUCGAAUGGUGUGAUCAUUCGCAAGUGGUCCAUUACCACUCUUGCAGCUACCGACCGCAGAACAGAGCCUGCCGCUCACUCUCUCACUUGUAGCUUGCACCUCAACCUUUUCAAGAUGCUCACCUCUCACCGAGAAACUUUGACACGUUCUCUGGACUCUGAUCGGCGAGCUGAAUAUUUUGUUAUUUCGCACUCUGCCCGAACAGAAGCCACUCGAGACUUCGAUCCCUCCCACAUGGUAGUGAGAGGAGCACCGCGAGAGACACAAAACGUGAUUCCAUGGUCCGCUGGAUCUGCACGACGUCGACGGGUCUUUCGGAAAAUUUUGUACUUGAAGACGUACAAGCUGAGAUCCACCACGAGCUGAUCCUAAAACUGUCCGACGACACAGUCUACUCGAACACAGGCAAGUGGGAGGAACCGGUGCAUGGCGAGCGUCGAUCCAACCCGGCUAGCAAAAUUAGGGCUCCACGACCGAACGCACAUCCGCUUCGUCAUUCGGCCAUUGGGUCAUGAGACGGCUGGAGGAGUGAACGAUUGACGCCGUGAGUGACAAGAGAGCCGUAAGGCGUCGAGGGGGCGUAUUGAGAGCUUUGGCUGAAAGCUACAUGUGGAUAUAUAGACACAAGUACCUGGUAAACCUGGAGACUCUGGUGGGGAAUCUCGAGGAAGAUGUCCCGCGGUUCUCCCCCCCCCCCC